AUGGCACAAAAAACCUCUCCUUAUUUCGCCAAAAAGCCUACAAGUAAAGCUCCACAAACCACUCAUAUCUCCACCCUUCUAUCCACAGCCCCCAUAACAAAUUUCCAACGACGCGUCUACACCUCCCUCCUCCUCAUCCCCUCUGGCAGCGUAACGUCCUACGCGACUCUAGCUCAGCACCUCUCCUCCUCUCCCCGCGCAAUCGGCGGCGCGUUACGCAAAAACCCUUUUGCACCACAAGUACCCUGUCAUCGCGUUAUCGCUGCAAAUGGGUUUGUAGGGGGUUUUAUGGGGGAGUGGCAGAAGGCGCCUAGUGGGGUUAACCAGAGUAGGAAGCUAGAGCUGUUGAAGGAGGAGGGCGUGGAGUUUACAGAGGAGGGGAGCGACUCAGAAAAUCGUCUACUGCAACCCAUCUUCUCGAUCAGUCACAGGAGGAAUGUGACCUCGUGA